UGCCACCCGCUUCGCCGUGGCCAGUGCUCAGGCCUUUGCCCAUUUAUCUCCGUUAAACCGCCUGCAGCUCCUGGAGGGCCGCCUGGGCAGAAUGUCACGAUGGACGAGGGGGGCACACCCCUGCUCCCCGACUGCCUGGUCUACCAGAUCUUCCUGAGCCUGGGCCCCGCGGACGUGCUGGCUGCCGGGCUGGUGUGCCGCCAGUGGCAGGCUGUGUCCCGAGACGAGUUCCUCUGGAGGGAGCAGUUCUACCGCUACUACCAGGUGGCCCGCGAUGUGCCCCGACACCCAGCGGCCUCAUCCUGGUACGAGGAGUUCCGGCGGCUCUAUGACACGGUGCCCUGCGUGGAGGUGCAGACGCUCCGGGAGCACACGGACCAGGUCCUGCACCUCAGCUUCUCCCACUCGGGCUACCAGUUUGCGUCCUGCUCCAAAGACUGCACCGUGAAGAUCUGGAACAACGACCUGACCAUCUCGCUGCUGCACAGCGCGGACAUGCGGCCCUACAACUGGAGCUACACGCAGUUCUCCCAGUUCAACCAGGACGACUCGCUGCUGCUCGCCUCGGGGGUGUUCCUGGGGCCCCACAAUUCCUCCUCCGGGGAGAUUGCGGUCAUCAGCCUAGGUGAGCGUGGGCCUGGGGCGACUGGCCCAGCCCCCUGCCCGCCCCCCUUCUUCCCACUGCCCACCGCCUUCCCCUGGCUCACCGAGACCAGCCUCAUCUCCGGCAACCUGCACCGCAUCGGGGACGUCACCUCCUGCUCCGUGCUCUGGCUCAACAACGCCUUCCAGGUGAGGGGCGGCCCCAGCCGCGCCUGGCCCAGCGGCUCUGUGGUGGCCGACCCCAUGCAGCCGCCGCCCAUCGCCGAGGAGAUCGACCUGCUGGUGUUCGACCUCAAGACCAUGCGGGAGGUGAAGCGGGCCCUGCGCGCCCACCGCGCCUACACGCCCAGCCGCGCCUGGCCCAGCGGCUCUGUGGUGGCCGACCCCAUGCAGCCGCCGCCCAUCGCCGAGGAGAUCGACCUGCUGGUGUUCGACCUCAAGACCAUGCGGGAGGUGAAGCGGGCCCUGCGCGCCCACCGCGCCUACACGCCCAACGACGAGUGCUUCUUCAUCUUCCUGGCUGUGAGCCCCAUGGAGGCUGCGGAGGAGGCUGCUGCCCAGAGGGCGUGGGGGCAGAGGAGCCGCAGCAGCGAUGCCUGA